AUGUCAGAAUACGAAGUCAAUGACGACUAUGAUAAGAAGAUACAAUAUGAUGACACGAAUUUAACGGAUCCAAAUUUAGAUUUCAUACUAAAUUCAUCAGAGAUGAAUUUGAUUCAACCUGAAGAUUUAGACAAAACUGGCGAAUGCUC